AUGCCUCGAAUCACUAGUAUAUGGGAUUAUCCGCUAGUUGAAGACUUGUUUUUGGAGGACGUGAUGCAUCCCGAUAUUCCCAAGUAUGUGGAGCACUUUCAAAGAUACCACCAGUAUCCAAAACUCGACCCACACGCUUUCGAUGUGCACGACUCGAGGUUCCAAAGACAAGUCAAGUGGGCCCAUUUGAUGGUUGAUUAUUUUCACCACAUACCGGAUGAAAUCCUCUCUGAAACACAUCGAUGGAUUGGCCUUUUCGAGCCGUUGGAAGUCCGCCAGUUUGUUCGGGUCAAGUCGGCCAAAGACCAGGGCGUGGUGCUUCUACAUUUUUCUUCUCCAUCUAGCAAGACUGAUCGUCUCUACGACAAAGAAAUUGGGCUAGUUAAAAUCUUCUUCCACAAUCUCUACCUAAAACUCAUCCACGACUUGAAUCUGGAAAAAACACAACAAGAGCUCGACCGCUUAGAAACAAAAUCCGGUCGUGCUUGCAAUGCGCGGGAAUGGGAUACCUUCAAUAUAGAAGAAGCCUGUUUUUUGCGCAACCUUAUCGAGACAAAACUAUGUAUAGAGCUACUUGCCAAAGCGCAGAUCUCUUUCGAAUCGGAAUCGGGCUUCAUGCUAGUUGAGGAAUACAAGCUUGAAAAGACGGAUUUUCUCUUGAGUCCGUUUUUGCACCGCUUGAUGCGAGAAUCCCCUCAACAAAUCAGAUACGAGGAGCUUUUGGCUAGACUUUUUGACGAGAAUGGGCCCAUUGGCUCUGAGCAGAGCUCCAUAAAUAUAGAUGUUUUGGCAAGGGGCCGUGAAUGGAGAGGCUUCAAAUUUGGCUUCCCAAAGUCUCUCAAGGGGAGAGUGGCAGAAUUGCUUCAAGCCCACGUGAGGUCCAGCUACAACAAAUUUCAUAUACUCCAUUAUACAGAGUCGCCCUAUGACGAAAAUAAGUUGGAAGCAUUCGGUGUCAUGCGUGUCAGCUCUCGCUCGUAUCCACGAGGCUCGUUCGAUAACCCGGGCGAAUAUUGCAACACCAGUUUGGAUUUGAGUGAGGACUAUCGGGAGUGUUUGGAGUGCGGAAGACUUAUACUUCCAAAUCUAGGGUGCCCAAAUGAGUGCAAAGACCCUUUGACAGGUUUUGAUGAGUCAUGGGGAUUUCUUAGCUGUUGA